GACUAAGUGCAGUUCUUAGGCGUUAUCAAAUGGAAAAUUCUUCCAAAUACUCGUCUAUACAGGAAGCUGUCUUCAAAGGAGAUGGAGAUGGUUUGUUAGAAAACUCGAUUAUUGACCAAAGGUUUUUGUCUCCUCUUAUUAUUGAGUAUGACAAGCAUCUGGAAGAACUCAAUGGGCAAUUAAAAUAUUACCAGAAACAGAUGGGUGAGAUGAAACUGCAACUUGAAAAUGUCAUCAAGGAAAAUGAAAGGUUAUAUAGUGAAUUAAAAGAGGUUGUUGCAAAGCAAUUGGAAGCCCUUCCCUUUGACACAGAGAUGGAACAUGAUAUAUAUACAGAUGAUGAAAUAGUCAAGAAUCUCCAAGAACAGUUGCAACUAGCCAAUCAAGAAAAAGCUCAUGCAGUGGAACUAUGGCAAACUGUUUCUCAGGAGUUGGAUAGGCUGCAGAAACUUUAUCAAGAAUAUAUGACUGAGGCCCAGAUUCAUGUAGUUGAAAGUCAAAAGCAAAAGGAUCAGUUGACUAAUUUUCAACGACUAACCAAGCAACUUCAUGUUACAAAUGAGAAUAUAGAAAUGACCAACCAGCAUUUUGUGAAAACAGUAACUGAACAAAAUGUGGAACUUGAGCAACUACGAAAAAAGCUUAGGCAAACCAAGUCAGAUCUUAGAGUUGCAGCUGCAAAAGUGGAAGAGUUAACCAAAAUGACUGAAGAUCUUCAAGAACAGAUGCAAAAAAAGGAGGAGGAUAUGGUGUCCGCACAAGGAAGAGAGGAAGCAUCAGAUAGGCGCUUACAGCAGUUACAAUGUAGUAUAAAACAAUUAGAAACAAGAUUAUGUGUGACAAUCCAAGAAGCCAACGAACUAAGAGCAGAGAAAACACAUCUGCAAAAACAGAGCAGAGAGUUACAAGCAAAGUGCACUGAAUUAGAAAAUGAGAAAUUUGAAGCUAUUGUAAGAGCUAGAAAUAGCAUACAACUCUUAGAAGAAGCUAACCUUCAAAAAAAUAAGGCCUUACUUGAAGAGAAACAAAAAAAAGAAGAUUUAGAGAAAAUGAAAGAAACCAUUUCUCAACUUCUACAAGAUGCAGCUGCAAGAACCAGGAAAGAAGUUGAAUACACAAGAAAACAAUAUAAAGUACAGAUUUCUCAGCUAACAGAAGAAGUUUCAGCCCUUCAAAUGGAGUGUUCCGAAAAACAAGGCCAAAUUGAACGAGCCAUUAGAGACAAAAAAGCAGUGGAAGAAGAGCUAGAAAAGAUUUACCAGGAAGGCAGAGGAAAUGAAAGUGAUUACAGAAAACUGGAAGAAAUGCAUCAAAGAUGUCUGGUUGCAGAGCGUUCCAAAGAUGAUCUUCAACUCACACUUAAGACAGCAGAAAAUAAACUAAAACAACUUGAAAUAAUCUCUUCAGAAGAAAUAUCACGAUGCCAAGAAAUGAUUCAGAAACUUCAAAAUGUGCUGGAGUCUGAGAGAGAGAACUGUGGAUUUGUCAGUGAACAAAGGCUCAAACUUCAGCAAGAAAAUGAACAAUUACACAAAGAGACUGAAGAUUUAAGGAAGAUUGCUUUAGAAGCUCAAAAGAAAGCCAAACUGAAGAUAAGUACAAUGGAACAUGAAUUUUCCAUAAAGGAGCAUGGAUUCGAAGUUCGAUUGAAAGAGAUGGAAGAUAGUAAUAGAAAUUCUACUGUUGAAUUGCAGCAUCUCUUAAUGACUCAACAGAAGGCAACCAACAGGUGGAAAGAAGAAACAAAGAAACUUACUGAAAGUGCAGAAAUUAGAAUUAGUAAUCUAAAAAGUGAGCUGAGUCGACAGAAACUUCAUACUCAAGAGCUGCUUUCUCAGCUGGAAAUGGCAAAUGAAAAGGCAAUUGAGAAUGAAAAGUUAAUUCUAGAGCAUCAAGAAAAAGCUAACAGACUUCAGAAUCGUCUAAAUCAGGCUGAACAGAGAGCUGCCUCAGCCUCACAGCAGCUCAGUGUGAUUACAGUGCAGAGAAGAAAAGCUGCCUCCAUGGUGAAUCUGGAAAAUAUUUAAAAAAUAUUCAUAGUUCGUUCAUUCACAACACUUUAGUGUUGGGGAAGCUUUUGGACUAGAAGUGUACUGAAAUGAUAAACCCUUCAGAGAAUGGUUAGACUUGUGCCAUUUUGCAUAAGCAUUUUCCAUUCUGCUUUGAAGGUUAUUGGAAAACAGAGCAGUGACAGCUUCCUGUAAGUAAAGGAUAAAAUCCUACACUGAGCUUCAGUGGAGAAUAAAGCCAGCUGAGAAGAGAUCAUUGCCUUCAUCAAUGUGUCUAUUUUUUUAAUUCCCCUUCUACCUCUUGGAAAAAUACAAUUUUCAAAAUAUCUUAAUUAUGAGGCUUUAAGAAAAUGCUAGAAUUCUAAUACUUCAGGUUCCAAUAUUUGAAAAUUUUAUAUCAAAUUGUUAGUCCUAUCUAAUUUUUAAAGUUCUGGAGUAUCAAUUUUCCAUUAUGAACUCAUAAAUGUAAUAAAUUAUGCACUUU